AUGUAUGAGCCGGGUGAGGUUGCCAACCGGCUGUUCUUCACAGAUGCGGACGGCGAGAAGACUGACCCGGAGUCAGCGAUCGCUGCAGCGCUGCAAGGGGACUGGGAGCAGUUGGAGCCAGAGGUGGCGGCGCUUCUGGCCGACGAGUCGGCCGGAGCGUACGACCGCUUCCUAGCACUGUCCGCGCUGGCUCGCUGGGCCUCGCCGACUGGUUACGAGGCUGUUCGCGCGGCGGCCGCCAAUCCCGAUGAGCAGCCCUGGCGGGACAUGUCAGUCGAUCGGCUGUACAGCCUGGACAACACCUUCGCGCUGCUCACCGAGUCCGUCGUGAACAGCCGGGACGAAGCCAGGGAGCGCGACACCUCCGCGGAGCGGCUGACGGCUCUUGCGGCGCUGAUUGGUAUUGCUGACCGGGUUUACUUGGAGCACAACCUCUCUCCUUCCGGCCUGUACACCGGAGACAUCGAGCAGUUGCGCGGGUCGAUCGGGGCGCAGAUCGAGCGCGGUCUUGUUGAGCUGGCUGCGGCCCAGGCUCCGUUGCAGGCGUCCGUACACGAUCAGGUCGAGGAGCUCAUCGACGCGCUGGGACUGGUGGACAAAGGCGCCGCGGACACGUACAAGGCGCGGCUGAAUGGCUAA